CACACACUACAUUUUAUACACUCCUUUACUUUACCUCUGCAAAAAAACAUCAAAUGGCUCAGCUUAAUCUUAUACUUGUCUCGUUACUCUUCUUAACUCUCUUUCUUCAUUCACGUCCUACUCAUGCCCAAUUAAGUAGACACCACUACAAGAAUUCUUGUCCCAAUGUUGAAAACAUUGUCAGAGAAGCUGUCAAAAAGAAAUUUCAUCAAACAUUUACAACAGUUCCUGCCACUCUACGUCUCUUCUUCCAUGACUGCUUUGUUCAGGGUUGUGAUGGUUCUAUUCUUGUAUCUUCAACGCCACAUAAUAGAGCAGAGAGGGAUCACCCUGAUAAUCUUUCAUUGGCUGGAGAUGGAUUUGACACAGUUAUACAAGCCAAAGCAGCUGUGGACGCUGUUCCUCUUUGCCAGAAUAAAGUUUCUUGUGCUGAUAUUCUUGCUAUGGCAACUCGUGAUGUUAUUGCGUUGGCAGGAGGACCUUACUAUGAGGUAGAAUUGGGAAGAUUUGAUGGGCUAAGAUCUAAAGAUUCUGAUGUUAAUGGAAAACUUCCUGAGCCUGGAUUCAACUUGAACCAGCUUAAUACAUUGUUUAAACACCACGGGCUUACACAAACAGAAAUGAUUGCACUUUCAGGUGCUCACACUGUUGGAUUCUCACAUUGCAACAAAUUCACCAAUAGAGUGUAUAAUUUCAAGACAACGAGUCGAGUAGACCCUACAUUAGACUUAAAAUACGCAGCACAGUUAAAAUCAAUGUGCCCAAGGAAUGUGGAUCCAAGGGUUGCAGUUGAUAUGGACCCAGUUACUCCACAUGCUUUCGAUAAUGUCUAUUUCAAGAAUCUACAAAAGGGGAAGGGUUUAUUCACCUCAGACCAAGUCCUCUUCACGGAUUCAAGAUCCAAAGCUGCAGUAAAUGCUUUUGCUAGUAGUAACAAAAUAUUUCAUGCUAAUUUUGUUGCUGCCAUGACCAAAUUGGGUCGAGUUGGUGUCAAGAAUUCACACAAUGGGAACAUUCGUACGGAUUGUUCUGUGAUUUAAUUCAUAUCAAAUUGGAAUGUUGUGGUCCUUGUGGAUGACAAAUUAUCUUAUUGGAAUGCAUUUCAUGUAUAUUUAUCUCCUGUUUUGCAUAAAAUAAUAAGAACAUUAUGUUCCAAAAGUACA